AUGCAAGCUGUGAUUUUCAUCCUAGAAGAUUCUGAAAACAUCACGACCAACGAGAGUGAAGAGGAUGUCUUUAGCAGAAUUUUAAGAAUAAAUGAAGGUAACUGAAUAUUGUAACAGUGUAUUACUUUUUUAAUAACCACUAUCUACAUCUUACAUUGACUUUCCCUAUCCUCCCUAACUUAUCUUUCAGCUUAUGCUACCCCUGCACAUCUCUUCCUAAAAACUGCUUUGCCCAUCUUGGUACACAUCCCUCUCAUAUCUCCUUAUCCUUCGUUUUACUCAAUAUUUUCCUUGGUUUUUUUUUUUGUUCUUUUUAUUUAAACUCUAACCUUCUACACUGCCCAUCCCCCACUCAUCCUACUGCCUCUCCAAACUCGUUAAUUUUUCUAGCUUGGUUAAAUGUCCCAUGAUUCAUUGGACAACAAAAUGUGCUUGUUUUAGAACACUUGAGUGUGGAAUACCAGGGGGAUAUUGUACUGGGAAGCUCACGUAGUGCCACGAGUUGUUUUACAUGUAUCUGGCCAAACAAUGGUGGGAAGGUGCCAGUUCCAUACACCAUUCAUCCCAAUUACAGUGAGUACCUGACUUUCAGAUCUAUCUCCUGUACUGUCUGUGCCUAUUUCAUUUUUACAAGUGUCAUCAUUAAUUUAUUUAGCCGACAGUCAAGUCUCUCUCAUUCUGAGUGCCAUGGAAGAGUUUGAAACUAUGACCUGUGCGUAUUUUGUUCCUCGUGCAGAAGAAUUUAACUUUAUUGACAUUCAGCCUUUGAAUGGGUAAGUCUAAAGUUUCCUCUGCAUACAACUUGUGUCAGAGUAUACCCCUUUGUAGUUGAACCUCCUGUUUGUAAACCAGGACAUUUGUAAAGUGAUCUAGGUUACAAAAUGCAUAUUUUUAAUUUCAACAAUGUAGCUAAAUAUACAAUUGCUAUCGGUGAGUAAUAUAACUUAUUACUCAUGGAACAGCUUAAUGAAUAGAACACAAACCGAUUUGAAAUCAAUAACACAUACACGAAAAUGGAUAUUAAUGAAAAAAUAAAAAUAUACACAAUACUAAAAAAUUACCAGAAUUUUUACAAAUUACAUGAAAAGAAAGUAUAUGUAUUUGCCUGAAUUUAAUUAAGUGUGGUGUUGGCUAAGUCCCUGUAGCAGAGCUGCAAUAUUAAAUCCCAAUAUCUCCGCUGGUACAGAAAGUAAUCCAAAGAAAGCGCUGAAAAUGAAGGCAAUAUCCCAAAUCCCCCAGUAACCGGACGAAACACAGUUCUGGGAGUCAACUGACAAUUUUAUUCACAAGCUCCAGUAUUUAUGUGGUUCCCAAUGCAAGGGGUUUCCUUACUGACUUUACAGUGGUUUUACAGUAGGGGACUACAUGGGGGACUUAACAUAUAGAACAUUUCUCCCACCAUGCACUGCUGUAUGAGAGGGAUACUCCCACUAGAAUAUCCUGUUAAGUGGAUUAUCCCUUCGUACAGCAGAACUGGCUUUUUACAUAAAAAUACCUAACUUCUAUUUUAUUCAUGCCACUGUACCGAAUGACCGUUUGGCAGAUAGCUGGGGUCUGAGUGCAUACUUCGUAAAAGUACCGCUCAGAUCCCAGCCCAAUCACCCGAACGCCGCAUGAAAUAUACUUUAACAUACAUUCCUCAUAGAAGUCACGAAUACAUAGGUGGAGAAAAAGUACCGAAAGACCGGCGCUCCCGAACGGCCUGGAAGUCCAGCGGUGUUCAUGCCGUCGAGUAGCCGAUUUUAGUUCCAGGCACUCGACGACCAAACACCGCUGGGCAAAAAGGGAAUCCAAGAUGGCCGCCUCGUGGUCGGUAGCCGAACGACGGCCACCUGGGGAAUCAAUUAACAGCCGAUAGAUACAUUGUUGUGAUCGGUUAAUGGGAGCCACACGGCCCCCUGUGUGUGGGCUUCCAUUCGGUACUUUGUUCGUUUCACGAACAGUGUUGCAAAUCACUGUUCGUGAAACUACCGUAUGAAUGCUAGCGGCUUUCGUGCCACUAGCAUACGAAUUCCCUCUUUCACAUUUUAAACAACCACAUCAAACCCUACAUAAUCCAGUCUUUCUAGGGCAACCCUUACAGUGAAACAAAAUAGUCUGAAGUGGCUAGGUUUGCCACAGUCCCAUGUGGUCCAACGGGAGUAUGAUCCACGUGGUCCAGUGGAAGGGCAUGUGGCUUGCACCUAAUGCCGAUGCAGACCACAUAUAUGCUCUGGAGCUCAAUGAGUCAGAGCAUUGCCAUAGUAACCUGGCGGAACCCUAUGGCAGUAGCAACCGUCCCAAUCUAAAUAGUCCCAAAACUGAUAUGCACUUGCCAAAUACAAGUAUUGAGAACCAUUGAUACUUAUAUUUUAAACUAAAAUUGAUUAUCAGUUGUAAAUCUAACUUCCAUAAUACAUCCAGUGAUCUGAUUUUAGAUUAGUAGAUCAUUUCAUAAGGAAGCAAAUUGAUAUUGUUGAAAGACUCGGGGUCCAUCCCAUUAUAUGUAGUUUUUGUUUUAAGUAUUAAAACACAAAUGGUAGCAGAUUCUGUUUAUCUAGUUAAAGAACCUGCGUUGGAAUGAUUCCCUUUAUAUUUUUAAACAUCUUACAACCCUCUAUGUCCAUGUAUAUGCUUGCAGGUGCUGGUCAUCUAUUGGAAUGGUGCAGGGUGGGCAGGUGAUAUCGCUGAUGAUUCCAGACUGUAUGAACAAAGGGAUUGUUCAGCAUGAACUGAAUCAUGCUCUAGGCUUUCAACAUGAACAGUCCAGGUCCGAUCGGGAUCAAUAUGUCACAGUACUCCCCCAAAACAUCGACCCAGGUGCAAAAGGCAAUGUACCCGAUCAGAGGCAUAACUAGAAUCCACAGGGCCCCGGUGCGAAAAUUACCUGCCCCCUCCUCCCCUGGAUGUCUUAUUAUUCUCUCCCCCCAUUGUCUCAUUCCCUCUUCAAAGCUCCUGCAUGUGUCUCAAUACCAUGCCCAGGCCCACCAUGUGUCUCAUUCCCUCUGCCCCUCACCCCCUCCAUGUGUCCCAUACCCUCCUCCUCUCCAGCCCCUCCAUUUGUCCAAUUCCCUCUCCCCUUCAGCCCCUCAAUGUGUCACAUACCCUCCUCCCUCCCAGCCCCUCCAUGUUUCCCAUUUCUCCCUCUCUUCCCCUCCCUGUGUCCCAUUCUGCCCUCUCUCCCUCGUCCCCUCCAUGUGUCCCAUACUCUCUCCCUCUCUCCCCCCUCCCAUCCAGGUGUCCCAUACCCUCCCUCUAUCCUCCUCCCCUCCAUGUGUCCCAAACCCUCCCUCACCGCUUCCUCCAUGUGUCCCAUACCCCUCCCUCUCUCACCCUCCCUCCAUGUGUCCCAUGCCCCCUCUCCUCCCUCCCUACAUGUGUCCAAUACCCUCCCUCUAUCCUCCUCCCCAUACAUGUCCCAUAGCCCCCUCUCCCUCCCUCCAUGUGUCACAUCUCAUCCCCCUCUCCCCCCCUCCCCUCCAGGUGUCCUAUACCCUCCCUCUCCUCCCUCCUCCUCCUGUCCCUCCCCUCUCCCCCUCCCUCCAUAUGUGUCCCAUACCCUCCCUCUCUCCUCCCUCCCCUACAUGUGUGUCCCCAAAACCUCCCUCUAUCCUCCUCCCCUACACGUGCGUCCCAUAUCCCCUCCCCUCCCUCCCCAUGUGUCACAUACCAACUCUCCCUCUCCCCUCCCCUCCCAGGGUGUCCCAUGUGUCCUAUGCCCUCCUCUCUCCCUCUCCCUCCAUGUGUGCCAGUGCCACUCCCUCUCCCUCUCCCUCCAUGUGUCCCAUGCCUCCCCUCCUCCCUCCCUACAUGUGUCCAAAACCCUCCCUAUCCUCCUCCUUACACGUGUCCCAUAUCCCUCCCUCUCCCUCCCUCCAUGUGUCACAUACCAUCCUCUCUCCCCUCCUUCCAGGUGUCCCAUACCCUCCCUCUCUCCCUCCCUCCAUGUGUCCCAACUCAUCCCUCUCACCCUCCCCAUGUCCCUCCAUGUGUCUCCAUAUCCUCCUCCCCUCCCAUCUCUCACCCCUCCAUGUCCCUCACCCCCCUCCUCUAUCCUCCUCCCUCCUCCACAACCCCAAACCUCCUCUCUCACCCUCCAUGUGUCCCAUACUCCUCCCUCUCUCACCCUCCCUCCAUGUGUCCUAUACCCCUCUCCCUCCUCCCUACAUGUGUCCAAUGCCCUCUCCUCUAUCCUCCUCCCAUGUGUCCCAAAACCCCCUCCUCCCCCUCCUCUCUCAUCUCUCUCCCCUCCAUGUGCACCCUUCCUCUCACCCUCCUCCAUAUGUGUCCCAUACCUCCUGACCCCUUCCUCUCCCACAUGUGUCCACACUCCUCCUAUCUUCCUCCCCAUACUGUCCUAAAAACCCUCUCCCUCCAUGGGUGCCAUAUAUACUACCCUCUCUCCCCUUCCAUAUGUGUCCGGCACCCUCCCUCUCCCCUUCCUCCAUGUGUCCUAUACCUCCCUCUCUCCCUCCCACCAUGUGUCCUAUACCUCCCUCUCCCCUCCAGGUGUCCCAUCCCCUCCCUUUCUCCCCCCUCCCCUCCAUGUGUCCCAUGUAUAGUCCCAUUUAGUUCAUAAUAUGCAAAUUGGAGAAAGUCAGCUGAGGUUUCAGUCUUGAUGAAUUCUUUCUAAGAAACUUGUAUAUGGAAUUAUUACUUUUAUAAAUAUGUGACAUGGAGAAUAGCCUUUCAGAAUUUCUUUCAUGUCAUAUUUCCUUCUAGAAAAUCUCCAUCACUUUGAAGUUGCCGAGACUCACAGACUGGGUGUGGAAUAUGAUUUUGAGUCUGUAAUGCACUAUUCCAUGUGAGUUUUUCUAACACUAUUUAAUGCACUACUGUAACUUGGUACUGCUGAUUGAAGGGACAUUCCAAUCACCAACGCCCUACAUGAUGGUACUAGGAAGCUGUCCCUCCAGAACUCAAAUGCAUAUUUUUCUUCUUAAACUAAAUCUCAGGCACCCAGAGUCCACUCCCCAAUCACUGACAUCAAAUGGGCAGGCAUUGGCAUCCACACAAUUGCUUAUGCAUCAUCUGCACACCUUGCCUUUUUAUGCUCUUAUAGCCAAGUUCUACGGAACUUGCACGAGAUGUGAAUUUAGGAAUUGGGAAUUUGAUAUAUGGGAAUUGUUAUAGGCAACAAUGUGCAAUGUCAGUCGGCAGUUGCUAAAGUCAGUAAGUUAUUGUCGUCUAUAAAUAGGGGAAUUAAUUCUCAGGAUGAAAAUAUAAUUUUGCCUCUUUAUAAAAUGCUGGUAAGAAAACACCUUGAAUACACUUUGCAAAUUUGGGCACCUGGUAUAAAGAAGGACAUUAUGGCAAUAGAAAAAGUGCAGAGGCGGGCUACAAAAGUAAUAAAGGGAAUGGAACAUCUUAGUUAUGAAGAAAGGUUAACAAAUGUAAAUUUCUUUAGUUUGGAAAAACUGAAACUCAGAGGGGAUAUGAUAGCAUUAUACAAAUAUAUUCGGGUCCGAUACAAACCAUUGUCUGGAAAUUUAUUCAUAGACAGGACUAAACAUAGGACAUAAUGUCAUGCAUUUAGAGUGGAAGAAAUGAGAUUUAGUCUAAGGCAAAAUAGAGUUUUUUUAUGUAGUAAGAACACAAAGGAUGUGGAAUUCUCUGCCUGAAUAGGUGGUUUUAUCAGAGUCUGUACAGAUUUUUAAACAGUAAUUGAAUGAACACUUGCACAAAAAUAAUAUUAAGGGAUAGAAUUUUUCAUUUGUGGGAUAAUUUUGAUCAAUGAGAGAUCUGGUUGCCAUUCUAGGGUCAAGAAGGAUUUUUUCCUCCAGUUUGAUGCAAAAUUAGUUUAAACUGGGAUUUUUGCCUUCUUUUGGAUUAAUAGCAAAAAGAUGUGAGGCUGAACUUGAUGGACUCAGGUAGUGGAAAUUUUCACUAUCGCACCCAUCAUUGUAGCAGAAUGCAUUUUUCUCUUGAGUUUAAAACAUAAUUCUUCAGUAGAAUAUUGUGCUAACUGAUCUUUCUAUGUAUCCACCAAAGUAACUUUGAUCUACUUGUACAAUAGAUACAUCCAACCAAAACACUUGUCUGUGUAUGUUGACUGAGAACUCCAGAAUCUACAUCGGACAUCUACAUUUAGUGAUCUGCUGGGUUCUUUUCUCUUUUUCCUAGGUAUGCUUUUACAAACACUCCAGGCCAACCAACCUUAAUUCCCAAAAUAAAUACAACGGCUUCAAUUGGACAAAGAGAUGGAUUGAGUAAUCUGGAUGUGAGGAAAAUAAAUCUACUGUAUCAUUGUGGUAUGGAUUGCUACUGGCAGUUGAAAGUGACACAAUAUAUUUGUUUAACUUUUUAAAUCUCUUCAAGAAAUUAAAUUUUGCUUCUAAACACAUUUUAACUUCUUUUCAAACCUUAUCAAACGUAAACGCUAAAGCUAACACUGAAAACAUGUUUGUUUGUUUUUGUGCCAGUUUUAUAGAUUUCAGAAAUGUGAGUUGAAUUUAUCGUGUCUGUACAUCAGCUCUUACUGUAUAAUUCAAUUUCCUUUCAAUCCAUUUUAGAUAUUUGUUCCACUUUGCUUUCUGGUUCCAAUGGAACACUGACUUCACCAGGUUAUCCCUCUGCCUAUCGUGACAAUACUACGUGUGUCUGGUUAAUCAGAAUACCAUCUCAAAAGGUAAAAAAAGUUUUCCCAUAUGGUAUGCUUAUUUAGUUAAGUACCAACAGUCGUUUUAAGGCAAGUUGAAGGUACUUUCUUCCUGGUUGAAACACUACGAAGAAUAAUUUCCAAGGAAAUAAUAAUUUUAAAGAGAAGCUAACAAAAAAAUUAUAGAAGUAGAUAUUUUGUUGUUUUUUUAGUUAUGAAAUUUAGACACGCAUUAAAUAUUUUAACAUAAAAAUACCUUAAUAAUGCCUAAAGGGCAAGAUUUUUUUUUCUUCUUUUUAUGGAUAUAUGCAAGAUUUGAAUGAAAAAGGACGAGAUUUUAAAUUGGAGACUAACUUUGAGAUUGUGCAAUUUUGUUCCCGAGACUUUAUCACAUUCAUUAAAUAGUUUUAAGGAGAAAUUCGUUUUCACAUAGAAAACGACAAAACUGUGAUAAAACUUGCAAUCUUAUUGCUACUGAUAAGAGUUUACACACUCUAAGUGGAACAUCUUGCAGCGAAAACUUUACGAGUAGAUGUGCUGCCUCAAAAGCAGCUCUAAACACAUAAAUUAUUUAGAUAACUGAUGUGCUAAGGUCUUACACGUGUGCUACACUUGGCUUUUAACAAGGACUGAAAGGGAGUUCUGUCUUUUUCACCAGACUGUUAGCACAGAGAACGCAUACAGAAAUACAGAAGUGUAAACCUGAAACAGUUGUGGUUAUUUAAAGAAUAGAGAUGUGUCAAAGUGUUCUGUUUUAGAAAGGGGGGACAAUCACCAGUGGAAUCAUGCGCAUGUCAUUGGUGACUCCUCCCCUUCUAUAAUUUUGCACCACUUUUUAGAACAGAACACUGAUAAAUCACCCCCAAAGUGUUGUAUUUUUAACCGUGUCUAAGAGAGGGACACUUUUCAAAAAACAUACUCUGUUUAGAUGUAACUCUCCGUGUUUUAUUUAUUUUCUUCAUUUUGCUCUAACUUUCAAUAAACGAUUUUUGAGGUAUCCAGGAACUAAUAUUUAGAGUAUAAAAAAGUCAAAAUAAUAAAAAGUAGUAAUGUCGCAUAAUAAAAUUAGAUACAUUAAAUGAAUCGAAAUAAAAAAGGGAAAGUAAUAAGAUUUGAAUUGGAUUGGAUUGUAUGCUUUUUGGUACGGUCAGGCCACCAAGGGGACACAUUUUAAUAUAACAAAUGGUCAGUUCCUUAAACAUCAGAUUGUCCUUUGUAAUUUCAAGGUACACUGAGGUCACCAAGUGGACACUUCUGUUACUGCAUGUGGUCAUUUUUGAUAUUUGACUAGGUUACAGGUUUCUUGUACUUGCCUGUUGAAUUGCAGUUGUCAUUCUAAGUACUAAAUCAACCUAGUAGACAAGCCAAGAUCCAGUAACUUGAUUGCAGUGCUGCUGCGCUCCUAUUGGCUGCAACAAUGCCCAGACUUGAUUUGCCAUAUUUUGGACUUUAUAUGAACUCUUUUGGAUUUUCUUACUUUUUUGUUUUUGAUAAUUCAGUAACAUGGACUCUCUAAUAAAUACUUAACUUUACUUAACUUAAUCUUUUUCCUGAUUUUGGUUGAUUUUUCCCAUUUUAUUUUACUUUUCUAUACCCAUUUCAGUACAGUGUUUUAUUACAGUAUUUCAUUUAGGUGUUUUGCAAUUUUACUAUAUCAUUGGGUUUUUAGACUGUUUUCUACUUUACAUACUUUUAUUUCCCAUUUUUUUCUUAUUGCAAAUCAUUUACUGUAUCUAAUUUUAUUAUACUACAUUGCUACUUUUACUUAUUCUAUUAUUAUUUUUUUAUACUCUAAAUAUUGGAUAGGAGUUUUUUUGUUUUUUUUACCCAGGACUGGGCACAGGUGCUCUGGGCAAGACUACACAGUAAUACUUUUUUCACGCAAGCCCAUUUGCAAUAGCCUGCGAUAUUAUGUGUAAUCUUGGCCUUCUCUCUGGCAAUGAAAUUGUUCGAACAACUCCUGAGUUUAUAACUAUAUUUUAUGCUUUUUAUCGGUUGCAAUAAAAUAGACCAUAAGUCUAAGCAGUAAGAGAAGAAAGUAUUAUAUGGAGAGGGUGGCAAAUAUAUACUUUAGGAAAAGUGAUGCUGAAAAUACAAAUACAAAUGUUAAUUCUGGUAUAUAAGUAGGAUCAACUUCAACAAUAAAUAUCACUGGGAAUUAUUGAUACAAAGGGAUUUGUUUAAUCGCCCUGUAGCGCCUUAUUUCUCUUCUCAGGUAUAUCUGAAAUUCGAAAGCUUUGAUGUUCAACCUUCACCAAGUUGCGAGUCCGACUACAUUAAUAUCUAUGACGGGGCAAGUAGAUCUUCUCCAGUUCUUCUUCAGAGAUUUUGUGGAGAAGAAAAUCCACCUCCAUUGAUGAGUUCUUCUAAUGUGAUGCUGGUGGAGUUUAUUAGUGAUGGAAACUUGACCGGAAAAGGGUUCAAAGCCUCGUACAGAAAAGGUUGA